AUGACGGCAAGCACGCACACCAAGCUGGCCAAGCUGCCCGUCGUCAACUACGAGAGACUCAAGGCUCGCGAUCCUACGGAAGUCCAGAACUACAUCCGUGCUGCAACCAAGGAUGGCAUCUUCUUCCUGGACCUGCAGGGGCCCAGCGCCAAGAAGGUGCUGAGCCAUCUUCAACCACUCUAUGAGGCUCAGCACAACUUCUUUUCCAGGCCCUCUGAGCAUAAGAUUGCAUAUGCCAGCGACAUCCCUGAAAACGGGUACUACAAGCAUGGCGACGACGUCGAGACUUAUGAGAUCUCCCGCGCCCUCGAGAUCAGUGGCAAGCUAGAUCUGCCUUCGGACUUCCAGGCCGUGGCCGAGGAACUCGCCGACGUGGCGUCGUUCAGCGACGAGGCUCUCAGGGAUCUGUACCGGCUCGUCUCGACCUCACUGUCUCCGCCCUCGCCCAUUGCCGCAGGCGACGACCCCAAGCAGCCCGGCACUACCAACCUGACCCUUGGUCGCUCCGGCGCCCCGGUGGGCACGCACCUGAUCCCCGAGCACACCGACAGCGGACUGCUGACGCUCCUAUACUACGAGGCCGCGUCGCUCGAGAUCCUCCAGGUCAGCACGGGCGAGUGGGGUCUCGUCGAGCCAGUCGAGGGUCUGCAUGUCAUCUACGUGGGCGACGCGCUGAGUGCCGAGUCGAACGGCCGUAUCCGCGCCGCGCCGCACCGCGUCACGCAGCCCAAGGAAAACACGGCAUUGGUCGUCUACCUGCUGCACCCUGCGCGGGGCCCUGUGUCGGAUCCGUGA